AUCAUCCAUAUCCACAUUUAAACAUCCAGUACCACCCAAGGUGGGAAACAUAAUCACACCCUUUUAUGUCCUACCCACUAAAAUGAGUGACUUUAAGUCCUUUCACAUUUCCCUCAAAACACAAAUGCUUCACUACAAUUUAAAAAGGGCACUCCCUUUCUCCCAUUGCAAUUUGUAAUCCAUCCAAGCUUUCAAACUCAAUACUAACACUAGAUUAGCAGACAGAGGACAGGGUUUUACAAUAAACCAUUUUAACAGCAAAAAACAGUAAAAAAAAAGGGUUAUACAUAGAUCUUCCUUUUAUUCUUCAAAGGGAGAGGGUGAUUAGUAGUGUUUUUGAGUGAUGGCUGGGUACAGAGCCGAAGAUGACUAUGAUUAUCUCUUCAAAUUGGUUCUGAUCGGAGAUUCAGGUGUUGGCAAGUCCAAUUUGCUUUCAAGGUUCACUAGGAACGAGUUCAGUCUCGAGUCCAAGUCUACAAUCGGGGUCGAGUUCGCCACCAGGAGCUUGAAUGUUGAUAGCAAGGUUAUCAAAGCUCAGAUUUGGGAUACUGCUGGCCAAGAAAGGUACCGUGCCAUCACUAGUGCUUAUUACCGGGGUGCUGUGGGUGCAUUGCUUGUGUAUGAUGUCACCCGGCACUCCACAUUUGAAAAUGUGGAAAGGUGGCUAAGGGAGUUGAGGGAUCACACAGAUCCUAACAUUGUAGUCAUGCUCAUUGGUAACAAAUCAGAUCUUCGACAUCUUGUGGCAGUCUCAACUGAGGAUGGAAAGUCCUUUGCCGAGAGGGAGUCACUUUAUUUCAUGGAAACUUCUGCUCUCGAAGCUACUAAUGUAGACAAUGCCUUCUCUGAAGUUCUUACUCAGAUAUACCGAAUAGUGAGCAAGAAGGCCAUGGAGUCUGGCGAUAAUGGAGCUGCCUCGACUGUUCCCUCCAAAGGAGAGAAAAUUGACGUUGGUAAAGAUGUGUCUGCAAUGAAGAGUGUUGGGUGCUGCUCAAACUAGGGUUUUUAACUGAAUUCAGUUUCUGUUGAUGGGGAUGCAGCUUGUUUGUUCUGCUGCGUCUGUUUCUGUAUACACCAUAAUUGUGUAAAAUUUUCUCAAAGGGCCAUCUAUAGGAGAUAAGCAAGGAUCACUUGUUUAUUCUUUUUUAUUUAUUUUUUUCUGUCAAAAACUUGAAUUCCCGCGCGCACAGAGCUUGAUCAAGGACAGUGCUCCGCUUCUUUUAUCUUAAUUCUGUUGAUAAACAGGGCCUGAAUUUGCACAAAAUUUGCAUAACGCAAUGCAAUUUCAGACCCCUUAAUCGGUAUUCCUUGGUUUCAUAUUUCAUUUGAUCAGCAUGUUGAUAUAUAUAUGUCUUUCCACUA